AUGAAGAUUUCUAUCAACUUCAAGCCUUAUUAUCAUUUCAAGACUGAAAGUUUUGAUGUGAAUGGCAAAAACUAGAUUGUUUAGUUCUAGCUUAACCAGGAAUACGAAGAUUAGGGAAGUUUAUCAACUUAAUUUAACUCUCAUCACAAUUAUUCACCAUACGACAAAUUAAAACAUAGAAGUUCAGCAUCUUCAGCCAAUUUUCAGCAUACUAAUUCAUCUGAUACUAAGCAGAAAGUAGAAUUAUGCUUCAACAAAAAUAAAUUCUAACCCAUUGAUCUAACAAAUGCUGUCAGAAUUUAAGAUUAUUAAAGAGGACAAGAUUCUAGACAAACAACUUAAAUUCAAGUCAAAGAUCCUAAACUAUAAAAUAAAUCUCUUUCCAGACCAUGUAUUCCCAUUUUCUAAAUUAACAAUGGUUUAGAUAUGUGUUUGGUUUUAUUCAAAUAAUUGGGAGAAAACUCUGAGCAAUCUACCAAAUGA